UUCGGAACGCGUCACGAUUAUUUCGAGCUCAAGCUCUGGAGGGCUCGCUCGUGAGAAGGGAGAGAGCGUGACGGUUUGCCGUCUCCACCCCUCUCCUCAGGGCUGGCGCGGCGAGUGGCAGCUCCUGGGGUCACGGCUUCCGCCGGCGCCAGUGGCCUAGCUCCCUGCGGCUGUCCUUGGUCGCGCUUGGCACCCGGCUGAAGGUAAAUUUAAAAUUUUCUAUUUCUUGGUUCUACAGCAUAUCAAGUCAUUGGUAAACAGUCAGGAUGGCCUUGUUUCAGCUUGUGCGUGAGCACUGGGUUCACAUACUCGUCCCCGUGGGAUUCCUCUUUGGAUGUUACCUAGACAGAAAGGACGAUGAAAAGCUAACUGCCUUCCGGAAUAAGAGCAUGCUGUUUCAAAGGGAACUGAGACCCAAUGAAGAAGUUACUUGGAAGUAAAACCUAGAUAAAUCACAGAAUGUUCACAUUUUAAAAGUUAUUAGAGAAAUAAAAACAUUUAUUAUUUAA